AUGCCACACAGGCUGUCUGUGGGGUCUCCUAGCUGCAGCAGCGAGAGUUCUGCUUCAUUACCUGCUCGUGCUGCUGCUACUGCUGCUACUGCUGCUGCUAGGCAGCUGGUGCACCGCUGCUCCAGCAGCAGCAGCACCAGCAGCAGCAGAAGCAGCACGUGGCUCCCCACACUCCUUGCGUCUGCUUCGGGCAGCAGCAGCCGCUGCCUAUCAGCAGGACAAUCUAAGCACAAGCAACCAUGUGUUGCUGCUGCUGCUUCUGACCCUGCAGCAGCAGCAGCAGCUGCUGCUGCUGCUGCUGCUGCAGUGAGUGAGACGGGGAGCUCUGGGUGGUCUUCUCCUGUCUCAGCAGCACCAUGCCAGCAGCCGCUGCAGCAACGGCAGCAGCUACUGCAGCAGCAACGGCCGUUGCUGCAGCAGAAGCCGCAGCAACAGCAGCCGCAGCAGGAGAGCAGUGCGCUUCCGCUGCCGCCGCAUGCAGAGGCAAAUGUGAAGACUGACGCACCGCAUCUGCCAGCAGCAGAGCAGCAGCAGCAGCAGCAGCAGCAAUGGCGCGAGAGUCGGCAGGAGGUGCAGCAGCAGGAGGAGCAGCAAGAGACACAGGAAAUAAAAUACCUGCAGCAGCUAAAGCCGCAGAUGGCUCGUCUGCAGGCUGACCUGGAGCAGCUGCAGCAGGCGCAUCAGCAGCAGCAGCACGGGCAGCAGCAGCAGCAGCAGCAGCAGCAAGAGCAGCCUUUGCUGCUGCCCCUGCGUACAUGCAGCGAUCCUGCAUGCAAGGCUUGUUUGCUGCUGCAGGGGUUUGCUGCUGAUGCGAUACAGCUGAAGCAGCAGCUGGGUUUGCUGCUGCAGCGGCUCAGCAGCAGCACACCAGCAGCAACACCAGCAGCAGCACCCCCCGCUGCUGCUGCUGCACGACGCACAGCGUCUGCUGCAGCAGUAACACGGGAUUCUGCACAUACAGCGGCAGCAGCAGCAGCACAAACAGCUCCUGCUGCUGCUGCUGUGCGAUCAGUGGUGCAGCAUCGGCAGCAGCAGCACCACCACCAUCAUCUGCAGCAACGAGAACAACUGCAGCAGCAGCAGCAGCAGCAGCAGCAGCAGCAGCAGCAGCAGCAGCAGCAGCAGCAGCAUGUAACGGGCCUAGAGAAACCUCAGGUGUCAAUGCAUCUGCAAGGAGUGGAGGAACAAAAUGCAUCAGUGCUGCAGCAGCAGGUGCAGCAACAGCAGCUGCUGCUGCAGCAGCACCAGCAGCUAGUGCAGCACCAGCAGCACCAGUUGCAACUGCAACAGCAGCAAGCGCAACGGCUGCAGCAGCAAGUGGAGUCUCUUCAGGGACAGCAGCAGCAAGUACUGCAGCAGCUGCAGCAACUGCAGCAGCAGCAGCAAACUGCACAAGAGGAGAAGGCGCAGCUGCAGGCAGCCCUGCUGUACUUCGUUACGCAGCAGAAGCAGCAGCAGAAGCAGCAGCAGUCUCUGCUGCAGCACCAGCAGCCUGCAGCAGCAGAUUCAUCAUCAUCUGUUGCUGCUGCUGCACUGGGGGCUUUGCCGCGGGCCCCACAAGGAAGAAGGAGCCGCACAACCCCACUGCAUAAACACCAGCAGCAGCAACAGCAGCAGCAGCAGCAGGUGCUGAUGUCUCCGUUGAGCAUAGCUAGCAGCGGAGGGAGCAGCUCGGGCCCCACAGCGACAACAGCAGCAACAGCACCAAUAGAGGAGGUGCAGCAGCAGCAGCAGCAGUUGCUGCUGCAGCUGCUGCAGACAGAAGACGCAGCAGCUGCUGCUACUGCAGCUGGUGCUAAACUGCUAGCAGCAAGAUCGACAGCGACUGACGCAGCAGCAGCUGCUGCUGCAGCAGCAACAGCCGCUGCAGCAGCAACAGCAGCAGCAGCUGGUGCUACAGCAACUAUACAGAAUGUCGUUUGUUUGAUUUGUCUAUACACCCCGUUGUCUUUUAUGGUUAUUCCUUUAUAG